CCAAGUGCGUCAAGUCCUUGUGAGCUGAAGUUACUGUGGUAAAUGCCAGACAGGAGUGUGAAUCGCGCGUCUAAAUCAGCAGAGAAUUCGAGUUAAUUGUAUAGAGAGAUUAUCAGAUUGAAAGUAGGUUACAAAACCCCUCCGAGCAACAAAGAUCUCGUGACUCUUGUCUAAAAUACACAAUAAUAAAAAACACGCCCUUUCCUCCGGCUUUCUGGAGUCGUGGCGCAGUGUCCCAGCAGGUAAUGGAGGGUAUGGCGUUGAGCGCGGGCAGCUUGCGGACUUUGCCGUGGUAUGUGGUGUGUUCUCAGGUGCUGGGGGUUACAUGUGUGGUGAUCACAGGUGUGUGGAUGGGACAUUACCGGGGAGGCUACGCCUGGGACGGCUCAGCUCAAGAGUUUAACGUCCACCCUCUCUGUAUGGUCCUCGGCCUGGUCUUUCUCUAUGGAGAUGCUGUUCUGGUUUACCGUGUCUUCAGAAAUGAGACUAAACGUUCUGUGAAAAUUCUCCACGCUCUGCUGCAUAUGAUGGCCCUCAUCAUCAGUAUUGUGGGUCUUGUGGCCGCAUUUGAUUUCCAUUCAUCGGCUAAGAUCUCUCACAUGUAUAGUCUGCACAGCUGGUGUGGCAUGCUCACUUUUGUGCUGUUUUUCCUGCAGUGGUUACUGGGACUGGGAUUUUUCCUUUUCCCAUGGGCAUCUGCUCAGCUGAGGAGCUGGUAUCUCCCUCUGCACGUGUUCUUCGGCCUGUUGCUGCUGGCCAUGUCUGUGGGAUCCUGCCUGCUGGGAAUCACAGAGAAACUGCUCUUCAGUAUCAUGCCUACUUACUCCAAGUUUGUUGCUGAGGGGGUCCUGGCAAAUAUUUUAGGCUUGUUGCUGGUGUGCUUUGGGGUCUUGGUGGGUUACGUGGUGACGAGAGAGGAUUUCAGGCGACCACCGAAUCCUGAGGAGGAGGCUCUAUCUGUGCAUUUUAAGACCCUGUCGGAAGGAGAAAUCCCCAGUUCCCCUUAAUGUCUUAAUUUACUCCAACAACUGCCUUUCUGCCCGUGUCUAAGCAAACCUGUCAGCCAGUUCCUUCAUUUGCAGUCUUCGUAUUAUUUGUACUUGACACCCCCUUGUCCUAUGUACGUUAAAGCAGGAUUAAAUUACCACCAUGUAUGGAACAGAAAACAUGUUACUGUUUUUAUUAUUUUUAGUAAUUAAAUGUUAUAUAUUGUUUUGUUUUUUUCAGGAUUAGGCUCUUUUAUUUUGGAAUGAUUUCUAAUUAUUGAUAUAUUUUGUAUAUACACACAAUAUACAAUUAUAUAGUGUUUAAAUGCUGGAUGUACUUUCUUGUGCCUUAGAAUUUAGAUUCUAUCGAUCUAGAUUACUAUAUCACACAGAGUUUAGUAAGUUACUAAAUUCAUUCAUUUCUUGCCACUAAUUGUACAUCUUUAACAGUUUAAUUAGAUUACUGUAUUAAUUACUCUCUCUAUAAAGUAUUGCAUUACUUUCUAAAUCCUAUAUCAACCUCGACCAGUUGAACAAUACACGAAUAGACAUGAUACAAUUUUAUAAAUUAUUCUUGAACUGAGUCUGACCAAAGUAUUUAAAGUCAGAAAGUUAUAUUAUAAACUUAUAUUUUAACAUUAGACGUUAAAGCUUGAUUUUAAAUCCAUGAUUAUUAAAGAAUUGCUCUAUUGUCUAUAUAGUAUUUAAUGCAAUUACAUCAGAAGUAACAUAAAAAAAAUUCCUUCACUUUUUCAAGGGAAAAGUAAUUAAAUUAUAGUAAUUGAUGACUUAGUAAUGCGCGCACACACACACACUCCUUCCAACUGAAAGAUUGUACAGAUGAUCUGCUGGUGCCCUUGUACUGUAUUUUCAUUGCAAUGUACUUUUCUGUUGCAAGUGUAGUGCCAAUAUUUAUAUCACUGUUUUCUAUUUGAUGUAAAAUAUCAGUAUGUUCAUAAUGUUUGAUUUUGAGUCCAGUUGUGAUUAAGGAUUUACAGUAUAAAAAUAAAUUCAUGAGAAAUAA